AUGCAGCUUAGUCAGGAGCUCGCGGGGUGCGUGUCGGGCCUGCAACACGGCCUCGCCACCCUCGGGAGCGCAGCCGAGGGACGGGAGCUAGGGAACAGCGUUUGCCCUGCGGUAGUGAAAAAACUUUGCUUCAAUGAGACCUCUAAAGUGGGCCAGUCCUGUGACUAUUGUGAUUCCAAGGACCCUCAGAAGGCACACCCAGCCUCCAAUGCGAUCGAUGGCUCUGAACGUUGGUGGCAAAGCCCUCCUCUCUCCGUGGGCAUGGAGUACAACCAAGUCAACCUCACCUUGGAUCUGGGUCAGAUCUUCUCUGUGGCCUAUGUGUUAAUCAAAUUUGCAAAUUCUCCUCGCCCGGCUCUUUGGGUCUUGGAAAGAUCUGUAGACUUUGGAAGCACCUAUACCCCAUGGCAAUAUUUUGCUUCAUCUGCUGCAGACUGUGUGAAACAGUUUGGGAAGGAGGCAGAUCAAACUAUUACCAGGGACGAUGAUGUGCUGUGUGUUACACAAUAUUCCCGUAUCGUACCUCUGGAAAAUGGAGAGUAUUACUACAGUGUCAAGAAUAUCAACAUUGGUGGGUGGUGUUUCUGCAACGGCCACGCUGAAAUGUGCAGCACAAACAAUCCCCAAAAACGGCUCCAGUGUGAAUGCCAGCACAACACCUGUGGGCAGACAUGCAACACCUGCUGUGCGGGGUUUAAUCAGAAGCGCUGGCAGCCGGCCACGUCCAAGCAAGACAAUGAGUAUGAAGCCUGCAAUUGCCAUGGCCAUGCCACAGACUGUUACUAUGAUCCAGAUGUUGAACACCAGCAAAAAAGCUUGAAUAUCCAAGGUAUCCGUGCAGGUGGAGGGGUCUGCAUCAAUUGCCAGCACAACACAGCAGGUGUGAACUGUGAAGAGUGCGCUGAGGGCUAUUACCGCCCUCAUGGGGUUCCAGUUGACUCCCCCACUGGCUGUAUCCGUAAGUUGUAUAUCACCUUUGUGUAUCUGACACUGUGUGUACUGCUCCAAAGUCAUCAGGCCCAGUACUACCUGGUGAACAAUCUCCUCAUUCCCUCUCUGUUCACACUAUUGGUUCCACUCUUUGUUAGUAGUCUGACUUCCAGUUACAUAAUCUCUCUAGGCCCCAGAUUUCUUAUAGGUAAACAAAUGAUAACGUAG